GGGGAGAAGAGGGUUGCGGCGAGGUUCCGAGGUCCGGCAGAGGUGGAGCGGCUCCCGGGCAUGGGGACCAGGCCAGCGCCAAGCCCGAGCCCCCGAACCCCGGCCCACGGCCCAGCCUCCUGCAGCCUCGGCUCGAGCCCUUCGGGGGGCCCCAAACUCAUGGGUCGCGCCACGUUCCUUGCCAGCGACGCUACCCCUCAGCGCUUGGCAGGGGACGCGCCGUUCGAAAUAGCACAUGCCACUGACACCCUGUCUCCGGGAGGCUGCGCCCUGGUUAGGGCGCGGAGCGGCAGGGAAGCUGCCCCUUUGCCGUCGCCCUGCCCCCAAACAGUUGCUGGGCAGCAGCUGUCAGGGGUUUAGUGGGAGCUGCCCCCAACCUGCCAGGGCGCUGACUUCAUUCUCUGCAGUGUUUAGGACCUUCCUUUAGACUCAGCUGUGCUUCUCGUGUGGCUGCUGUAUAUUUGGAUCUACUAUUAAAAUAACCUCCCUCCUCACCUCUCCAUGGCUUUCUCGUUCGACCCUCACGGUUUCUUGGCAGGUUGCUAAUAUUCAUUUAAUAAACAUUUAUUAGUCAUCUUUCCUACUAGGCGCUGGGGAUUCCAACAUGUCAAGUCUAACCGGGAGUCGCUCGGUCUACUGAGGAAGACCCAGUCAUGGCAGCCUCCAGCAUCAGUUCACCAUGGGGAAAGCAUGUGUUCAAAGCCAUCCUGAUGGUCCUAGUGGCCCUUAUCCUCCUCCACUCAGCAUUGGCCCAGUCCCAUCGAGACUUUGCACCACCAGGCCAACAGAAGAGAGAAGCCCCAGUUGAUGUCUUGACCCAGAUAGGUCGAUCUGUGCGAGGGACACUGGAUGCCUGGAUUGGGCCAGAGACCAUGCACCUGGUGUCAGAGUCUUCGUCCCAAGUGUUGUGGGCCAUCUCAUCAGCCAUUUCUGUGGCCUUCUUUGCUCUGUCUGGGAUCGCCGCACAGCUGCUGAAUGCCUUGGGACUAGCUGGUGAUUACCUCGCCCAGGGCCUGAAGCUCAGCCCUGGCCAGGUCCAGACCUUCCUGCUGUGGGGAGCAGGGGCCCUGGUCGUCUACUGGCUGCUGUCUCUGCUCCUCGGCUUGGUCUUGGCCUUGCUGGGGCGGAUCCUGUGGGGCCUGAAGCUUGUCAUCUUCCUGGCCGGCUUCGUGGCCCUGAUGAGGUCGGUGCCCGACCCUUCCACCCGGGCCCUGCUACUCCUGGGCUUGCUGAUCCUCUACGCCCUGCUGAGCCGGCUCACUGGCUCCCGAGCCUCUGGGGCCCAACUCGAGGCCAAGGUGCGAGGGCUGGAACGCCAGGUGGAGGAGCUGCGCUGGCGCCAGAGGCGAGCGGCCAAGGGGGCCCGCAGUGUGGAGGAGGAGUGAGCCGGAUGCCCCACACACCGCCAGUGUCAUACCAAAGAGCUGAGCUGCUUCGGGGCCAUGCAGCCCUCCUGCCAGCCCCCUGCCCUUUUCUUGCCCUGUCUCUGAACCUUCAGAACAUUGAUCCUUGCCGCAGCCCCACUAGCCAAGAGAAACAGAGAAAGACCAUUCCUCCUGCCUGUCCUUGCGGCCCUGUCUUCUGAGGUUCUCUGUCUGGGGUUGGCUCUCUUAACCCUUUCUCUGCUCCCAGCCUGCCUCACCAGGGAAGGUUGGAGGGGCCUCCCUCUGGCUUCUGCAUCUGUGCCAGCAAACAUCACUGCCGUUGGUCUCUCAUGACUUAACUGGCUUCCCUCUGCUGCUGCCUUGGCUUCCUCCUAAUGCUCGUGCUCUCCUGUCCUUCUGAAGUUGCUCCUUGGCCAAAUCUCCAGCUCCCUUCUUGUUUUCCUCAUCCUCCUACCCUGUACUCCCACCAAACCAUGGUCCUUUAAGGCACGCUCCUGUCCUCCUCAUUGCCCAGCAGUAGGGAGGGGCAGGGGUAAGGGGACCUGAGGAUAAAGGGUGGGGAAACAGGGUCCCCUGAGGCCUGUGGGGGCUGCAGGGGAGGAGGAUGUACCUUGUGUCUCUUUCAAGUGCCUUAAUCCGAGCCAGCAGGGCCUUCUGCUUGCCUGCUGCCAUACUGUAUGUAGGAAAGUGCUCUGUGGCUGCUUUGUGGCAAGAAAAGAGCAGUCACUCUCAGAAUCUUGAUUCCCCAUCAGCCAAAGCAAAAGAUGGCUGCUGCUUUGUAGGCAUGUGCCUGCAAGUGGGACCUUGCUGGGCAUUAUAUGCCCUGUGGGGGUUUCAGAGACCCUGAAAGAGGAGGGAGGACCCGCCUCCUUGUCUGCACAACUGCAUGCACUUCUCUCCCCAUCGCUCCACAACCUGAAACCAAGAAGGAGUUGCUGACCAGCGCCCACCCCGGCAGCCCGGGAGGAACACAGGCAGCUCCUUUCCCUUCACGUGGUCUGCAGAGAGCAGGGUGAGCUGCCAGCUGCCCCUCUCCACCAGGGUACCCUGUCUUGGUGGUUAGGGCCACUUUUCCUUUGAGGCUGUAGUGGAGGUGGAUGUCCUUCUCUGCCAGGCUUGGCACAUGAUGUGAAGAAUAAAUGCCCAAUUCUUACUGUUCAGGUUUGAUGUGGAAUCACAGCUGCAGUGAUAUAUAUUUUUUAUCAGUGCUUGGUUGGUUUUAAAUAAAGUGCACGCUAUUUUAUUAUCUUGUUCUGAAUAAAAUGUAUUUACUCCAA